ACGUGAUUCGGUCCUUUGUUUUGAUCUCGCACGGUUUCCGGCGUUACGCUUUCCUUGAACCUUACCUUCCUCGCACGCCAGUUUUUUUAUUAAUGCUCUCCCCUCGUCUCCCUUCGCUAUUGGAUUUCUCACCAUCUUCUCUCUCUUUCCUCGUUCCUGAUUCUAUUGCUCUUCUCGAAACCCUAGAGAGGGACGGUUCCAUCGUCUGCAUCCCUUUUCCGGCGAAAAAACUCAUUGCGAAUCCCGCCGGAGGACCUGUUACCUCGAUCUCCCUCCAUGAAUCCGGAGUACGAUUAUUUGUUCAAGCUUCUGCUUAUUGGUGACUCUGGUGUUGGCAAAUCAUGUCUUCUUCUAAGGUUUGCGGAUGAUUCGUAUCUGGAGAGUUAUAUCAGCACCAUUGGAGUUGAUUUUAAAAUACGCACUGUGGAGCAGGACGGGAAGACCAUUAAACUUCAGAUCUGGGACACUGCUGGACAAGAACGCUUCAGGACAAUUACUAGCAGCUACUACCGAGGAGCUCAUGGAAUUAUUGUCAGUUAUUUCUCCAUACAUCCCGCAUCAUUUUUAUUCUUACUCUAUGGAAUUGAAGGGCUUCCUGACGAUUAUUUAUACUCACUUGAUGUACAGGUGGUUUAUGAUGUGACAGAUGAGGAGAGCUUCAAUAAUGUUAAGCAGUGGUUGAAUGAGAUUGACCGUUAUGCAAGUGAAAAUGUCAACAAGCUUCUGGUUGGAAACAAGUGUGAUCUUACUGCAAACAAAGUUGUGUCAUCUGAGACAGCCAAGGCGUUUGCCAAUGAAAUUGGUAUCCCUUUCAUGGAGACUAGUGCCAAAAAUGCAACCAAUGUGGAGGAGGCUUUCAUGGCCAUGGCUGCUGCAAUUAAGAAUAGGAUGGCGAGCCAACCAACUAUGAACAAUGCUAGGCCUCCAACGGUGCAGAUUCGUGGACAACCUGUCAACCAGAAGAGUACUUGCUGCUCUUCCUAGAUUGGCCAUUUGGCAUGUUAUUAGAUCAGCUAAACUUUAUAUCUUGGAACUGCAGGCCUCGUUGUUUGCUUCUCUAUUCAUUAAAAUUGAUGGCAUUAUUCAAUUCUUUCUCUGACUAUUUGUUUCAAGCCUGUACAAAUUGGGAGUCAGAUAAUAGUUUUCCAGUUCCUAUCUGAUGCUGAAGCUUCAGGUAGUGUUCA